GGAGGAGCAGCGCUGCUCCGCGGCAACCGCUCGUCUGCUGAAAACUUGCUGCUCCGCUUUUUGGGGUUCCUGAGCUGGAAGAUGCCUGUCUAAGAUGGAAACUUCUGCUUCAACAGCUGCUGGGAAAAAAGAAGGGAAAGGUGCUGUUCUGGAGGGGAAUGGCUUUACAGAGACGGGGAAGAAACCCACUCCUUUAGCAGCAGCAGGAGCAGCAGUGGCACAAGGAGUGCCGCAGCACAUUUUUCCGGCCUUCCACGCUCCUUUGCCAAUUGACAUGCGCCACCAGGAAGGACGAUACCAUUAUGAACCUCACUCUAUCCACGCUAUCCAUGGGCCUCCUCCUCUGAGCGGCAGCCCCGUCAUCUCCGACAUCUCCCUCAUCCGCCUGUCUCCGCACCCUGCUGGGCCUGGCGAGUCACCCUUCAGCCCGCCACACCCCUACGUGGCACCCCACAUGGAGCACUACCUCCGCUCUGUGCACAGCAGCCCCACGCUCUCCGUCAUCUCUGCUGCCAGGGGCCUCAGUCCCGCCGACGUGGCUCAUGAGCACCUGAAGGAACGAGGCCUCUUCGGGCUGCCCCCGCCACCACCGGGAGCCAACCCUGCUGACUAUUACCACCAAAUGACGCUGAUGGCCGGCCACCCAAACCCCUAUGGGGACCUCCUGAUGCAGGGCGGGGGAGCAGCCAGCACAGCCCACCUCCACGAUUACCUCAGCCCCGUUGAUGUGUCCCGGUUUUCGAGCCCACGGGUGACUCCAAGAUUAAGCCGGAAACGAGCCCUGUCUAUCUCCCCGCUCUCUGAUGCCAGCAUUGAUCUCCAGACAAUGAUCAGGACCUCCCCAAACUCUCUUGUGGCGUAUAUCAACAACUCCAGAAGCAGUUCAGCAGCAAGUGGCUCCUACGGCCAUUUAUCUGCCGGGACAAUCAGUCCAGCAUUCAGCUUCCCCCACCCACUUAACCCCGUGACAUACCAGCAGAUUCUGACGCAGCAAAGAGGCCUGAGCUCAGCCUUUGGACACACUCCUCCCCUGAUCCAGCCAUCCCCAACCUUCCCCCCGCGGCAGCACAUGGCAGUCAUCUCUGUGAACCCAUCACCGGCACAGAGCAGCAGCAACAGCAACUGCAUCUCCGACUCCAGCCAGAGCAAGCAGAGCAGUGAGUCGGCCGUGAGCAGCACCGUCAAUCCAGUAAUUAAUAAACGCAGCAAAGUCAAGACUGAAGUUGAGGGCUUGCCCCCAGUGUCCCCAAACACACAGGAGCAUCUGACAGACCUGAAAGAAGAUCUUGAUAAGGAUGAAUGUAAACAGGAGCCUGAGGUUAUUUAUGAGACUAACUGUCACUGGGAAGGCUGCACAAAGGAAUAUGACACUCAGGAGCAGCUCGUCCAUCACAUCAACAACGAUCACAUCCACGGGGAGAAGAAGGAGUUUGUCUGCCGCUGGCAGGACUGCACACGGGAGCAGAAGCCCUUCAAGGCUCAGUAUAUGUUGGUGGUGCACAUGCGAAGGCACACGGGAGAGAAGCCACACAAGUGCACGUUUGAGGGUUGUUCCAAAGCCUAUUCCCGCCUGGAGAAUUUAAAGACACACCUGAGGUCCCACACUGGAGAAAAACCUUAUGUCUGUGAACACGAAGGCUGCAAUAAAGCCUUUUCCAAUGCCUCGGACAGAGCCAAGCACCAGAACAGGACACAUUCCAAUGAGAAACCCUACGUCUGUAAAAUCCCUGGCUGCACGAAGCGGUACACAGACCCCAGUUCCCUCAGAAAACAUGUGAAGACGGUGCACGGACCUGAUGCUCACGUCACAAAGAAGCAGCGCAAUGAUGUUCACCCGAGGCCACCUCCGCUCAAGGAAAAUGGGGACAAUGAGGCAAGCGCCAAGCAGAGCAGCAAGGUGUCAGAGGAGAGCCCCGAGGCCAACAGCACCACGAGGGGCAUGGAGGAUUGCUUACAAGUCAAAACGAUAAAAACAGAGAAUUCUGUGAUGUGUCAGUCCAGUCCUGGUGGCCAGUCGUCAUGCAGCAGUGAGCCAUCACCCCUUGGCAGCACCAACAACAAUGACAGUGGAGUAGAAAUGAACAUGCACAGCGGGGGAAGUCUGGGAGAUCUGACGGCGUUGGAUGACAACGCUCCUGUCGUGGACUCAACGGUCUCAUCUGGUAACUCGGCAGUCAGCCUGCAGCUAAGGAAACACAUGACGACGAUGCAACGACUUGAACAGCUCAAGAAAGAGAAACUCAAGACAGUUAAGGAUUCCUGCUCAUGGGUGAGCCCAGCUCCACAAGCCAGAAACACCAAGCUGCCUCCCAUCUCAGGAAAUGGUUCUGUUCUAGAAAACAGUGGUGGUUCUUCUGCUAUGCUGCCUAACCCCAGAAUAAUGGAGCUGUCUGUCAACGAGGUUACAAUGCUGAACCAACUCAACGAGCGCCGUGAUAGUACAACAAGCACCGUCAGCUCUGCCUACACUGUCAGCCGCAGAUCCUCAGGGAUCUCCCCGUACUUCUCCAGCCGCCGUUCCAGUGAGGCUUCACAUCUCGGGCACCGCCCCAACAACACAAGCUCUGCUGACUCCUAUGACCCGAUUUCCACGGAUGCCUCCCGCCGGUCGAGCGAGGCAAGCCAGUGCAGCGGGAUGCCGGGUCUGCUGAACCUCACGCCAGCUCAGCACUACAGGCUGAAAGCCAAGUAUGCUGCUGCCACAGGGGGCCCUCCCCCAACUCCCUUGCCAAACAUGGAGAGGAUGACCCUGAAGAACAGGAUCUCGCUUAUGGAUGGACCAGACCCCACCUUGCCCUCCAUCCGCCUCCCACCAGGCCCCAGGCGUUGCAGCGAUGGUAACACCUAUGGCUACCCAUCAGCUCCAGCAUUUCCCCAUGAGGUGCAGGGCAACUGCACAAGACGGGCAAGUGACCCAGUGAGGAGACCUCCUGGAGAUCCCCAGGCUCUUCCACGAGUUCACCGCUUCAACAGCACCAACAGUGUGAACCCCUUCCAUCCUGCACACCCCACGGACAGGAGGAAUUUUGGUCUCCAGAGCUACGGGCGCUCAGAUGGGAGCCUGCCCCGGCACACAUACUCACCCCGGCCGCUGAGCAUCAGUGAAAACAUCACCAUGGAAACCAUGUCUGGGGAGACAGACGUGCCCAUUGGAGAUGAUGACAUUAUGCUGCCAGAUGAUGUGGUACAGUACAUCAAAUCCCAGAGCAAUGGGACAGUGGCCGAGAGCACUUCCAUGGGGUACAGCAAUGAGAUGCAGAACUUCCAAGGCAGUGGGAAGCUGCAGCCUCCAGCCUUGCCCAGCCAGCGCAGGAUGGCAGUGGCUGAGGCAAACAUGAGCCACUUGGGACCCAUGAUGGCAGAGUGUUCCAUGAGUUUUGAUACUUCUUCAGACAUGAAUAAAAAUAACAUGCCUGUCCAGUGGAAUGAAGUCAGCUCGGGCACAGUUGAUAUCAUGUCCAAUCAGUCGAAGCAGCAGUUUUCACAAGGGAACUUAGCGGUGGUCCAGCAGAAGCAGAACUUCGGUCAGUACCAGAACUACAGUCAGCAACAGAUGCAGCUUCCAGACAACAGCAUGAAUGCAACACAGCAGAGCUUUAUGCAGAGAAACAUGGGCAUGGAUGGGCAGAGGCUAAAUUGCAUGCAGCUGCGGCAGCAGCCCAUGAGCCUAGGUCCCAGCAUGAACCCCGAUAUGGGCUUGCACGCGGGGUAUAACCAACCACAUCAGAUGCUGAGCCCCAGUGCAAUCAGUGGCAACCCAAGUCAGAUCUCUCCUAAUUGUAGCAACAUGGCAACGAAGUCUGGACCCCACCUUCACCCUCAGCAAAUGGACAUGGCAACCGAUCCUUCUUUGAUGGUCAGGAGCAACAGUGAGCGCACAGUGCUGGGACAGGUCAUGCACGAACCGAGUCAGCAGAACUACUCAUCUCAGCCAAGCCACCUGAACUUCCCUGUGGCUCAGGAGACCUUUCCUCAGCCCAUCAUGACCUCCAACCAGCCCAGUUUUGAGCCUCAGCAGAGCGUGAUGGGUUCAGCUGCACAGGCAUAUCCACCUGGCAUGAUCCAGCCUCGUCCUCCACCGGAGCCAAACCCGGGCAGCAGACCCCGAGGGGUCCGCACCGCCCAGCAGCUGGGCUACAUGAGAACUCCCCAUCCUUCAAGCACCAUCAGCCCUGGCCAGGAGACGACAGAGGCCAUGCAUAAAAGAACCAGCGACAUGUUGCUGACUCCAGCCCAGCAGUGCGCAGAGGGCACGAGGGACAACAACUUGAUGUACUAUUACGGCCAAAUCCACAUGUAUGAACAGAACAACGGCUUUGAUAACCACGCGGACUGCCGGGUCAGGCAGCAGCAGUGCACACAAAACAGCAAGCCAGCCACUCUGCCUUCCCCAGGAACAAACCAGGUGUCCAGCACAGUGGACUCUCAAGGUCUUGAGCCACCCCAGAUAGAUUUUGAUGCCAUCAUGGAUGAUGGGGACCAUUCGAGCCUGAUGUCGGGAACCCUGAGCCCCAGCAUCCUGCAGAACCUCUCCCAGAACUCCUCUCGCCUGACGACUCCACGAAACUCUCUGACACUGCCCACUAUACCUGCAGGGAUAAGCAAUAUGGCAAUAGGUGAUAUGAGCUCCAUGCUAACCACGCUGGCGGAAGAGAGUAAAUUUCUAAACAUGAUGUCGUAACGGUAAAGCACAAGGCCUUGGUGCCAUCCAAGGGGCUCUGCGUGAAGCAGUUGUAUGAAUGUGCUUUUCAGAAAUAAUCUGUUUCAAUAGAGUAGGGUUUUUUAUAAGUGUUAAAUACGUUAAAGGAUUUCAAAAUGAAAAUUUUAAAAAGUCUGUGUACAUAAUUAUGUAAACUAUAUGCAGGCAGUUCAGUACCACAAGGGUGCACCUCUAGUAUUAUAUUUUUGGCUUGAUUUCCCAGAGCACUGAACGGUAUCACCACCAAGCUAGGAGACAGCAUGAGGGUGAUUAGAGAUGAAGCCCUCCCUUCUGGGAAGCCCUGUAAAUAGCACUCCCCAUCAUUUUCCGUUAGUUACAUUUGCAAAAAUAAUUCCAUUUUCAACCCGCCCCAGAAAGAAAUGGGAGGAUGCAGUUUUGGUUAGAAUAAAAGCCAUACUACAUAUUCUGCUCUGAUGAGAGUAGGGUUUAGUUAUAUCUCCAAACAAGCCCUCUGCCAGCAGUAUUGUUUUAUACCGUAAAUACCUUUGUACCUUGCAAAGAGCGACGUUUCCAAACAGCUUCUCAGCAAAGUGCCUUACCAUGCUUUCUUGUUAAGUAGCCAAGGCCUCUCUUCCUUUAAAAAUCAAAUAUAGUGUAUUGUCAGAAGCGUAUAUAAAAUGUACAUUUAUAAAAACAUAGUGGUGUUUCUGAGCAAACAUUGGAAAGACACAUUGAUGAGACACAUAAAAGGUGAAUGCACACUUUGAUCAGAUGUGUUUACAACGUGGUUUAUAUCAUGUGCAGAGUGGAGCAGAGGCCUGAGAACAGCAAUCACUGGGAAAUAAUCCCCCGUGGCAGGAAGGCUCUGGCAUGCAGACUGACACACAUGCAUAACUUUGCACCUUCUGAACAUAGUGACUUUCUGCAAGUGCCCCACAUUCAUCUUUAAUGUCAGAGUGCUGGAGCACACAUUACUAUAUCCCUAUGCAGCUUUUCAGCAGCUUUGCUCUCUGGUGGGUUUUCCAUGCUGAGGUGCUCACAUAAACAAGUGAUGGUGGUGGAGAGAGUUUUACGGUCGUUCCAGCGCAGUGUGCACUGUGGCAGUACUGGGGGAACAGGUUAAUCUGCCAGGGUUCAGCUGUGUGAUGUGCUCAGUGCAGGGUUCUGCCUGGGCUCCAUACAUACAAAAGGUGCCUGGCUGCACUGCUGUGGGGCCAAGCAAAGCCAAAACACCCUGCCCCACAAGCAGGCUUGUUGGCAUGCACCCAGUGCUAGCUUAACAUGUCCCACAUCAUGAAAAACACUGCUGUAUCUGAAAAAUAUACCACAGUCAACCUGAGUUGUUUGUUUGACUGGCAGACUGCACCUGCAGCACUAAACGUGUGUAUAGUUUCAAAACAGGUAUUUGAGUCAGAAUAGUAGCUUGGUCAGUGAGAAUCUCCUGGAACCAUCAUUGAGGGAAGAGAUAGGAGGAGCAGGGCCUCCUGAAGCCAAAUUCCCUGCCAGAAUAUACUGCUCAUAAUAGUGAUCAUCUGUUUCCAAGACACUCCCACCUGCCUGUAAGUUGAUCUUUGUUGCAUUAUUUAUUUUUGCUGUCAUUAGAAAAAAGGGUGGAAGCAGUGGGGUGCAUGUACUUGGGAGGAGAUCUUGCUUAACUUCAGACUGUGUUGGACAAGGACAGCUCCUUCAUCCCACUCUCAUAGCCUCAAAUACUUUGUACCCAUAUGUUGGAGGGCAGGGAACAAGUGUGACAUCCUGCCCAGGUUCUUACAGCUGGACUGAGUAAGCAUCUGUAGAGCUCCACUCUUUCCUGUCCAUCUCCCUGUCAUAUCAGUGAGAUGUUCUCAUUUGCACCUGACUCUGACCCCUGCACAGGACCAGGACAGCUCUAUAAAGGUGUUUUCUGGUGUCUUUGCUUUCCUUUUGCACAAACUGAUGUCAGGAUCACUCUUCCCAGUAUGAGCAGGGGCUGACAUGAAAAUGCUACCUCCAGGCAAACUCUGUGAUAUCAAAUAGGCAGGAGCUGUGCUUGGCAGGGGUGGCUCAGGACAGCUUUGCUGCCAGGUAGCCCAGGGUACGGCUGGUGUAGGGAGGUGCUUGCUGCUCAGCAUCCUGCACUCUCAUCCAUCCUCAUCCCAAAUGCACAGGGUGCACACAGGGUGCUCUCAGCCCUGCCCUUCACCCCUCAAUGACUCCUGCUGAUGUCCAGGGUGCAUGAGGACAGGGAAGCAAAGCAAGGUGCCUGGCUGUUUAUUUGUGUCUCCUGUGAAAGUUGUGUUUAAAAGGAUUGUUUUAUAGUCUGCUGUAUAUAUUCUUCUGCAGUUAUGGACCUUGCCCUUGCCUUUGCAUUUAUGAAAAGAGGGCAGUACGUGUUUUAGGACAUUGUAUGUUGUCCUGGAUGCUUGAAAUACAACUGGGCAUCCCUUGUUCUGAGAUGGAUCAGGCUUUUGUGUGUCCUUUUAUUGUUGAUCUGGCUUUUUUAACAGCUGCAUAGGGCAACAAUGGCUCCUGAGUCCCUCCUCACAGAUAUCUCAUUAGCAAAAGUUCAAAUACAGAAGCAAAACCAAAUCUCCAAUGACUUGAGAUUUUUUGGACUUUUCCGUGGUGGUCUUCCUUCAUUUACUGAAAAAGUAUUAUAAUAAUCUUUCCAGCACUGUAUAUAUUAUGUAUAGAAGACAUCAUUACUAAAAGUACUGUAGGUGAAUUGUUCUGUCAAAUUUAUAUCUUAAGAACAUUUUUAGCUGUUUUCUACAUCAUAAGAAUGGAGGUAACAUGCUGA